ACCAGUGCUGCCGCAAAGAACCUCGCUCUAUAUCGAGAGCCCUCCCGAGAGUCUCGGCUCGUAGCGGGCCAACGACGGUCUUCUUCCCAAUAGUUUUUCCAAUUUCUUUUUUUAUUUUUUUUUCUCUCUCACUCAACGUUUGCGUCGUCUUCAAUUUUAAUAAUUUUUUUUUUUAUUUUUUAUUUCUAUCAUGUUUUUUCUUUUUGAGAUUAUUCUUCAUCUAGAACGUAAAUGAAGAUUAGUGAAUUCAUUCUUCUUCUUUUUUUUUGACAUCAAAAUUUUAAUUAUUUAAUAGACCGGACAUUCGGGUCACGUGUCAUUGUCCUCCUCCUCCUACUACUCCUUCUACUGCAAAAUUUCUUCAGUUUAAAUCAACGAAGAAAUCAUGGGCAACGCCCAGAGGAAGUCACAUUAUUCGAAGCCAAUUUCUUCUUCGGGAAGCGGUACGAAGAAGGUACACUGGGAAGGUCCAGGUUUACCAGCAUCGCCAGGAAAGCCAAUACUGAUACCAGGCACGGAGGAAACACAACCAGAUGUAGUCAGUAUCAGAUGGGAACGAUCAACAAGUAAUGGAGGAUCGGCUAUUAUUGGCUAUCUUGUUGAACAUCGAAAAUUGGGUUCACCAAAUUGGAUUCGUUCAACGCCAGUUCUUUGUAAAUUUUCCGAAGUCACAUUGAGUGGUCUUGAACCAGGAUGGCGUUAUCAAUUUCGUAUUCGUGCCCAGAAUGCCCUGGGACUAUCGGAACCAAGUGAAAUUUCCGAUCCACUCACUGUCACUCUCCAACGUGCCAUUGCCUCAUCGCCUUAUUUUGAUAUUGAAUUAAAAGACACAACUUCACUUGAAAACGAGCAGGCGGAAUUUGAAGUCCAAUAUUCCGGAGUGCCAUCACCAAAGAUUGCUUGGUUUAAGGAUGGUUUUGAAAUAUUUAGCAGUCGACGAACGAGAAUUGUGACAGAAAAUGGAAAAAGUGUUCUGCUGAUUCAUCGAACGGCAAUUGAUGAUGAGGGUGAAAUUAAAUGCACUGCGACCAAUCGCGCUGGACAUGUGAGCACAAAAGCGAGACUCAUGCUCGAAGCUCCACCGAGAAUACGACUCCCCCGACAAUAUGAGGACGGACUUCUAUUCGAGCAAGACGAAACAAUUCGAUUGAAGAUAACACUCGCUGGUCGUCCACCGCCUGAUGUCACAUGGUAUCACGAUGGUGAUACAAUAAACAAAGACGAGAGACACAUUUUCGAGUCAAUGGACGGUGAGAGUGUGCUGAAGAUACCUGACGCUAAGAGAAAAGAUCGUGGCGAGUACAGUGUGAAGGUGACGAAUAAAUUAGGUGAAGACAUCGCUUCAUUUUUAGUCACCGUAACAGAUCGACCUUCGGCACCGGGCAAGGCCACGGUCGCAAUGACCUUGGGAAGGUCCGUCACACUCAAGUGGAUGGAGCCGGAAGACGAUGGCGGUUGCAAAAUUGGUACAUAUAUCGUUGAAUACUAUCGAGUCGGUUGGGAUAUGUGGCUCAAAGCUGCGACAUGUCGACAGACAACGACAACAUUGAGCGAACUUAUCGAGGGCUCGGAAUAUCGUUUUCGCAUUAAGGCGGAAAAUCCUUAUGGUGUCAGUGAUCCCAGUGAGGAGAGUGACGUUGUCUUCAUUCCAGAUCUGAAGCGGGGAAUUACAGGGCCUCUGAGCAACAAAUCACAGAGUCAUCGAGAAAUUCACAGAGGACGAAGCGAAAGACGAGAAGUGAGUUUCGUUGAACCUUCGCAAAGAACCAGGAGUUUGACUCGCGAAGAAAAUUAUUCAAGGGGAGAUCCUGUUGAACGUUCUCUGUCAUCACAACGUCUCAGCUCAGGAAGAUCAUCGAGAUCCGACAGCAGAGUGACCUUUGCUCUGGACGUUGUUGAUCAUUCCGAGGAAAUGCAGAAGAAAAAUGAUCAAGUAAAGGUGUCAGAUGUUCAUGAGAAGAGGAAAGAACCCACAGCAACAACAAUAAUUGUCACUCCAACGUUUGACGAUUCGGGAGGAGAAUCUCCAGUUCCUCAGCCAAGAUCACGAUCGAUUGGAGGGACCACAAAGACUCCAGCCCCACCUAAGCCACCGAGAGCUCAUGAUCCUAGGAGUCAGGUACCGACUUCACCGGAUCGCACUCAUUUGAGUCCACCCAGAACUCCAGUUUCCACUUUGAGAAAAGAACAACAUUUCACUGAUUUAUCGGCUCAGGGUGAUUCAGCAUUUUUGGAUGUUAAACGAAAACAAUUCGCUAGAACUGAACCUGCCUCAUUUGCUGAUGAUGAUGAAAAUGCUCUGCAUGGUAGUUCGGAAUUUGUUCUUGUUCUCUAUCCCGAUGAUCGGGACUCUCAACAGGAGCUUGAUCGCCAUUCACAGACGGAAAUUGAUUUUUCAGGUCGACCAAGAUCGAGAACAAUGGGAAAUGAAGAAGACGAUUUGGUUCCACCACCAAAGUCUAUUUCACUUCCGGAAUUAUUCAGAAUUGAUCAUCAAUUCGUGGAGACAAUGCGCGAGGCUGUCAGUUCAACAGAACUACUUCACGAACGUGCCAUGGAAAGAUUCUAUCGUGCAGUUGCUGUCGACGAAGCUAAACGACAAAUUCCCCAAGAGAUCGAUAACAGUGAUCUAAAGACUGACCCAACAAACGAUACUCUCGAAAAAUAUCCCCUCUUCGAGCAAAGAAUAUCCCUACGAAAGAAAGUUCCAGCUCAUUCAUCGCUCUGGCAAACUAAACGCGAUCGCAGAAGAUGCAGUGACAGUCAAACCGACACUUUACGCGUUCCCACCAAACUAAUACCCGGAGUUUUGGAAGACGUUGCUUCCGAUCCUAAUUUAUCGUCCCUAGAACCAAAGAUGGAUCAUUGGGGUAGUCAACAACUGGAUUCGGAAAAUUCCCCAAUCGACGAGAUGAAUAGGUUUUCGGGAAAAGUAAGAACACAAUACUCAGGUCAAGAUGACUAUCCAGAAGAGGUUGGAAUUGGUGAAUACUCCGAAGAAGUCGAUCGAGUGGAUUCCGAACCUAUUGAUCCAGAAGUUGAUCAAACGGAAUAUUUUGAUGAAAUAGAUCAAAAGGAGUAUUCGGAAGUGACAGAAGUCGACAAUUCCGAACCUCUGCGAAGGUGGCAUGAUUAUUCAUCAGAAAAUACGUUCACUCCGAUAAUGAUCGAAGAGCCUCAGGAGAAAAAAAUCGAAACAACUUGGCAGCAGAAACAAUACGAGGAAGUAACCGAGACAAUGAGUGUCGAAACUUCCAUCGAAUCAUCCGAAGAAGAAAGUAGUGACGAAGAUCUCCGACUAUUCAGAGCAAGAAUUUUGGCAAUUCCAGUCGAAAACGAGGAGGACACCUACCAUCCCAGGGGAAAUCCAGUUCGUCACGUCAGUCCAGAAAAAACAGCACAACCACCAAUUCCCUCACACAGAGUUCAGGUAAUCGAACCAACUCCCGAAAGUAUUCGCCAAUCAAUUCCAUCGCCACCAAUGUCGCCCGUCACCAUAGUUCCAAAAUCAAUUCUCAAAAAGCGAGUCGAACCCGACUCGGUACCAGUGAACCAAUUCGGCAGACCGGUACCACCGGAGAAACCAAUCGAAACCGAUGUCAAAAAGUUACCGGACGAACCAAGAACCAAAAAUACAAGUGAUUUCACUGGUACAUCCGCUCCUGAAAUGGUUUCAGGUGAAAUGUCACUAUCGGCCAUUGACAACGAGAACGUCCUCUCAGCGGCCGAAGUCGCGCAAAACAGACGACGACAAUUGAAGCAAAUGUCCAAAAGUUCGAUUACAUCAUCAGACAAUGAGGAGGAGCGCUUCGAACAAAGAAUGGCCGUCGUCAGUCACUACACCGAAAUUGUUAAUCAAUUCUCCCAAACACAUAAACCAUUCCCUCCCCAGAAAAGAGUUCCAACCCCCACCUUUUCCCGAACGGAAAAAAUAAAUCCCGAAGAAAUUGUAAAAUCGUUGUCGAUUCCACCCACGAGGGUCGAUUAUUCCUCAGACGAAAGAUCGAGUGAUUCCCAAAACUAUAGAGACAGGAAUCUUAAUCAAGAGUUCAACCAAAGAUCAGGUACUUUUAGUCCGACUCGAACGGAAACACGACGCGCUAGAUCACGUGCCGACGAAAUUCCCGCGCCAAGAUCAAGAAAUGUUUCCACCGACAGGGCUGCAUCGUCCAGAUCAUCAUCCAAGACGAGAAGAGGUGAAAAUUCCAAACCAAGAUCGAGAAAUGUCUCCAGCGAGAGAGGAGGCGGAUCAUCGAGAUCGUCAUCAAAGACACGAAAUGAUCAGUCUAGUCAUCAAAAUCAGUCGUCCAAAUAUCAAUCCAGUAGUCGUACAUCGUCGAGAUCGAAUUCUCGUGAUCGUUCACGUGCUCAAACACCAACCGAGGCGAAAAUGGAACGAUUGCAAAGUCAAAGUGGUGGUAGGAGGCAACGAUCGAGGCGAAUAUCAACCCACGAGAGAUAUGAUUUUAUUGAUCCUCACACAAAAUAUUUACUAGAAAUUCAAGCCGAACGGAAUGUUAGAUCGAAUUUCAGUUUUGUGACGGACGUGAUUUUAUUGUUGGCCGCUGUGUAUGUUUAUAUUUUUAAGGAGGCAAUUUUCGCUAUUCCCAUUAUUGGACUGAUUCUUUAUCGGCGAAUUCAACAAGGAAUUUGUGAUUUAAUUCCUAAAUGGUUGCGUGGUCCUAGACGUUAAGUUUCCAAAAAAGGGAGAUGAAAAUAAACAAAAAAACAAUGAACAAAUGAGUGAAAUUGAAUAAUUGAGUCUUCUGGACAUUGAAUGUAAUUUAGGAAAAUAAUUUUUUGAAAUACGAAUGAAAAUAAGGGUGAAAUAAUUCGAAAAGAGAAUUACGAAUUCGAAUUCGAAUCAAAUAUAAGGAAUUAAAAAAAAAGGACGCGAGUCUGUAUGAAUUGCUAAAGCGUCUGGGUUCCAGUUCUAAUUAUAAUUCCAAUUCUAAUUCCAGUUCCAAUUCCAGUUUCAGUUCUAAUUUUAAUUCCAAUUCUAAUUUCAGUUUCAAUUCUAAGUUUGAUUCCAAUUCUAAUUCCAGUUCCAAUUCUAGUUUCAAUUCUAAUUUUAAUUUAAAUUCUAUUGCCAGUUCCAAUUCUAGUUCCAAUUCUAAUUUUAAUUCCAAUUCAA